UGUACAUAGAAAGAAUAGGAAAAAGCCUUUGCAAUCUCCAAUGGCAUUAGUGAAGCCUAUGAUUCAGUCAGGCUCAAAAUCUUAUGAAGAUGAAAUUUUCAUUGGUGAUGGAGUAUACAAAAAAGAAGCAGGCAACAAGUCAUCAUUCCAUUCAGAUGAUAAUCAACAAAUAAUCAUUAAACCUCUUGUCAAACAGGAAUCUAUCAAAAUCAUUAGCAAUCUUGGAGCAGAUGCUAAGAAUAAAUUGUGCAGUAAAGAGACAAUUAUGAGAAGAAAACGUAACAGCUUAUCAAUGCUUGGAAAAUCGCCUGGGGAGGAUCAACUUCAGAAAAUUUCCAAUUCAAUCCAAGGUCGAGUAAGUUUUUCAAAGCGAGCCAAAUGUUUUCCUAAAUAACAUAUUAAUAACAAGUGUGCUUUUAUUGUUUUAAUCUCAUUGUGCACAUUAAUUUUAAUAGUUACAUGAAGACAAAUAUAUACACAUGUUGGGAAUUAAAAAUUAAAAACAAUUGUAAA